UUAGUGUAUUGCUGAAUAUCUAAUAUAUAACAAAAAUAUUAUCAAAGCGGAACUUUUUAAUUUUACCGAAACAUUUUUAUUAUGGCCAAAAAAUUUUUCGUAAUUUUUGCAAUAUCAGUAAUUCCUUACUUGUCAACGAGUCAUUCUAUACGUUCCGAUCAUUUAAGUGAUGAUACAGUUUUAAGAACAUAUCGAAGAUGUAUGUGGGAGUCUGCGAAAUACUUACCAAGACGUCUAGUUUUGUUGUCCUUGUGCGGAAAUUUAUUUUGUGAGAACAAUAUGCUAGCUACACGUACCAGAUCAUUAUUUGUUUUGGAAAAGGUUCCAAGAACUAACGAUUGUUUGGACGUUCUUCUAGAUAAUUGUGAGCAGGCUGAUGAAGAAAAACUUUGGUAUCGACCUUUCCCAGAAUGUUGUCCUGUCUUUUGUGAACUAAAAAAGCGCCUGAAUCGACUAAAACAUCUAAUAAAUCGACGUCGUUGGACAUAUUCACGCACUGAUUUCCCCGAAUUUUCUGAAACACAAAAAAUGCAACAAAUGGACAAACGACCGUCAGCAUCAAGUGACGCAGAAUAUCGAAAUCAAUAUAGUAAACAGCUUACUCAAACAUUGCAAUUAUCACAUCAACCACAAUUAUCACACCAACCAAAUAUAUAUACGAAUGUUUUUGGCCAUGACAGUUAUAAUCUUAAUCUUUAAAAUGGAAGAAGAGAAUAUACGAUAUUUUUGUUUGCUAAAAAUUUUUUGUCUACUUAAAUAACAUGUUAAAACUUGGAAGCUUUAAAUUGGAAGCAGUGGGUUAAAACUAUUGCGAAAAAUUAAGUAGAAGACUUAAUUUAAGUAUAUAUUAAAUACUUUCAAUUUUAUUUUAAUAUAAUUGUUUGUUCUAAAUUGAAACAAAAGGAAUAAAAAAAAUUUGUAAACAAUUUGUUUAACUUCUCGCCUAAUAACGCAAAUUCUCAUAACUCAAGUUCGCAAAUGAUGGUAGUAACCAUAAUCUUUAAGACCCCAUCUUAGAUCAAUACUCGUAUUACAAAAAAUUUGUAAAAGUUAUUUGAGUGCCUAUUUUCUAUGUUUAUUUUUUCAGGUCAAACCAUAUUUUGGUGUUCAUCAAAAAAUUGACUAUGUACAUAUGUAUGUAGGUAUAUGGUAUAGGCGGCACAAUAACGUGAUAUAAAAUAUUCAUUAUAGUUCGGUGCGUUUGCAAUAUUAAUCCUUCAUAACUUAACAAUGUGAAUGUAUUGCUUAAUACAGGCACCAGUAUUUUUUUUUGAGAAAAAAAUAGGAGUGCCUGUAUAUCUAUUUUGAGAGGAAUCUUAAAGUUUAAGUUACCGUUUUGCCAAUUAGAAAUUAACAUUCAAAAUAAAUUUAGUUACAUAUACACAAAAUCUUUUUUUGCGGGAAAGAUUGCCAGGUAACGUAGUUUAUCUGAACUGAAAAUCGAUUCAAGUUCAAUUUAUUUUUUUCAAAAGAUAUUCUUGCCAAAACUUACAAAAAUUAUCUUGUAAGUUAUUACAAGAUAAUAGUUUACAAAAAUAAAAAAAUUAGCAUAUCUUGCCUAAAUAUACAAAAUAAAAUAAAACGUUAAAAAAAUUGAGAUUGUACCUUAUAUUUGUUUAGGCUAGAAUCACUUCCUUCAAAAUCCAGUAAAUUAAAUUUCAUCCGUAAAGCUUACUAAAAAGAACUACUAUUCUUCUAUUCGGGUGUCUCGUAUCUAAGGGCCUGUUACAAGUACAUAUACCACUGUUUGAACCUCAUGUGUAGACAAAAUUUUUGUAUGGGAAUGAUGUUCAAUGAGUCAUGAUUUUUUGCUUUUUUGAAAUUUUAAGUAUAACUCCGUGUCUAUUAAAUAUGACUGCGAAGCCUCAGAGCAAGGGCUUUUUUAUAUGUAAUCUACAUUAGUCUGUUCGGACUUCGGAAUCGUAUGACUAUAAAGUUCGACAAUUUUGAAAGUUCAACUUUA